AUGAAACGCCCCCCAAGACUUCGUACAAAUACCGGGGUCAACGCAUCAACAUCUUCAAAUUCCAUUCUCUGGCGUUUCCCAUUGUUGCAGGUAAACGAUAUCAGGCUGCGGGCAUGGGAUGUAGGAGUUCAAAUACCCGGCUUGCGUAUUCUGCUUGCCUUCCUAUCUUCCCUCAGGACAAAUCUACAGAUAUCUACUUCGAAUGAGGACCUUUUCCCGCCCUCACCACCCAUCCCCGUCAUAGACACUCCAGAUCUCCUGAAGCCCAUACCUCCUAUCUCAACCGAAACCAACCCAUAUUCAAACCCCGCCUUCUCAGCUCCCAAUGGAACACAGUCGCAAAACCCCCAGCCCUCAACUCCAAAGCAUGCAUUCAGCAAAGAAUCCAGCUCCCAACCGCUCCAUUCCCCGACCCUAGCAAUCUUCACCGCCACAAAGGAAGCAGACAUCCUCUCCGCCCUCCGCCUCGUCUCCGACAGCGUCGCCCAACAACGCCAAAUCGCCAUAAAAUCCAUAAUCUGCCACCCAGCCAUCCAGGCCCUAUCGAUCAUAACCUUCCUCACAAUCGCCAAACUUCUCUACACAGGCUCCCCCAGCGACCUCGUCCUCAUGCUCACACUCUGGACACUGGCGGGGUUAUUCGCCCUCCUCGCAAUUCGACACAUGGUCCGUGGUUACUCCGCCCUCGCUGAGCACGUGGGGAACUGGUCAUGGCUCUCCGCCAGCUCCGUCAAUGGCAUUUCGCACCGCAGAGAUGAGAUUCUCGUCACGAAAUGUGGAGAGGAUAUCAUAGCCGUGCUCGUGCUGAGGAUUGCGAAGACGGUGAAUAGCACGGAUACUGUCUGUUUGCGGCCACGGUUCUCUAGACGUAAGAGCUCUGCGAGGUGGACGGGUAUUAUUCGUGCAUGGAGUGUUAGGCAGACGGAUCGACAUCAGGGGGUGGGUAGAAAGCUGCUGGAAGAGGCUGUGGCGUAUUGUCGAUUGCGGACCCUUGAUGGACCAGUUUUUGCGGUUGAUCAUGCUAACGCUACUUUGAUGCUGCCCAAUGUAUUUAACGUCAAAUUUCGGGAGCAUGAGAGGUGGGCAUGGGGCCUUUUGGAGGCGGUUAUUUUGGAGCAGAGCGGGCGGUAG